GCCGCCCUCCGGUCUGAGCUUGCGGGCUGUGGCUCCGCCUUUAAGCCGGGGCUGGGCGCUGGAAGCCGGCUGGAGCCAGAGCAGCCAAUGGCCGAGCGGCCCCAGGGGCGGCUCCCGGCCGGCGAAGCGAGGCUGCACGGGCGGCUGCGGCUCGGGCGGCCCUCGGUGCAGCGGCGCUGCUGAGCCCCGCGCUCCGCAGGGCCUCUCCUUCCUCGGCCCCUUUUUCUCCCAGCCACCGCCCGGCAUGGAGCUGGAAGCCUCGCUGGAGCAGUCGGUGCAGGCGCGCAUCUUCAAGAUCAUCGUCAUCGGGGACUCCAACGUGGGCAAGACCUGCCUGACGGUGCGCUUCUGCGGAGGCACCUUCCCCGCCAGCACCGAGGCCACCAUCGGCGUGGAUUUCAGGGAGAAGGCGGUGGAGAUCGCCGGCGAGCACAUCAAGGUCCAGGUGUGGGACACAGCAGGUCAAGAGAGGUUCCGGAAGAGCAUGGUGGAGCAUUACUACCGCAACGUCCACGCUGUGGUGUUUGUCUACGACGUCACAAAAAUGGCGUCCUUCCUCAACCUGAAAAACUGGAUCGAGGAGUGCAACGGCCACGCCGUCCCGGCUCUCGUCCCCAAAGUGCUCGUGGGAAACAAGUGUGACUUGCGGGAUCAAAUCCAAGUCCCGUCCAGCAUGGCCCUGAAAUUCGCCGAUGCUCACAAUAUGCUUUUGUUUGAAACCUCUGCCAAGGACCCCAAAGAGAGUCAAAACGUGGAGUCUAUUUUUAUGUGUCUGGCCUGCCGGCUGAAGGCCCAUAAGUCUCUGCUCUAUAGGGACAUGGAGAGGCAAGGGAAGGGACAGAAAAUAGAGCUGGCGCCGGCCUCUGGCAAUAGGAACGCCUGUCCUUGCUGAAGGGCAGUCUGGACUGUUGAACCGGGAGUGGUGGGGAGGGGCCGGGCAGGUGGUUUUGUGUGCCUCAAUAAACUGAAUCAACGUUGCUCGUUUCCAGUGAAUUCCAUGUUCAAUUAAUAAUAAACAUUUGUAUGGCUCA